AUGUCAACCACACCACCAAAGAAUGAUAAGAAGAGAAAGAAUGUAGAUGCCAAGCCAGCAGCAACCUCGGCAGCAACUGAUGCACCAAAGACUACUUAUAUGGAGACUCGUAAUAGGAAGAAGGCAAGAGAGGCAUUGGAUCUUAUCUCUGGACAGAAGCAGAGACAGACAAGUUUGUUCAAUCUGUUGGGCAAGGAGUAUACCGGUCCAACUGAGGACCAGCUAAAGAUGAUCUUUAGAAUGUUUGACACGAACCGUGACGGCAAGAUCGGACCAGAGGAGUUGGCCGGCGUGCUGCGCAUGAUGGGCAAGCGUCCACUCACCAAGAGAAUCGACAAGAUCCUCAAUGAGUGUGACAAGGACCGCAAGGGAUACAUCGAGAUGGAUGAGUUCAUCGAGUACAUGCAGAACAAGGCGAUGGAGAAGGCCAAGAUGCUCGGCCUGAUCCCCGUGCAGCCAGAGAACAACGGCACCGACGGCGAUGCUGGCGCCGGCGACACUGACGAGGAGGACAACACCAAGAAGUCGCCUGCAAAGAAGACCGCAAAGAAGGCUGCCGCCAAGAAGGCCGCCACCACCAGCACAACAUCAACCGCGACCACCACCACCGCCACCAAGGCCGUCACCAAGCAGCCAUCGUUCUUCCAGCCACUCACCAAGGGCUCGUCGAUCGUCCACUUCUACAACGCCAACGCCGGCACUCACAGCAUUGCCAAUGCACCCGUCGACAAGUUCAACAACCCAAUGGGUGUCGAGUACGAUCUCGGUGUAGAGGGUGCCUUCACCUCGUUUACAAUCUUGGUGGGCUCAUUCUACAAGAUGGAGCUCAAGUGCGAGAAGGACCUCAAGGCCAAGGGUUUCACGAUCCAGGUGGUCGACACCGAGAAGGAAUUCAUCGAGAAGCUGCCUUCAGCCGACAUUGCCUACAUCAUCUCUGGCUUGAACGAGAACUCUCCCACCAAGAACGAGUUCAUCGCCGCCGUCAAGAAGUUCCAUCAGAGCGGCAAGGGACUCUUCAUCUGGUCCGACAACGAUCCGUACACUGUCCAAGCCAACUGGAUCCUCCAGGACCUCUUUGGCGCCCAGCACGUCGUCAAGGGCUGCGAGAGCGCUCAGAAGGAUCUAACACUUGCCACCAAAGCCGGCGAGAAGCAGAAGUUCCAGUCACAUUUGAUCACCUCUGGUAUCGUCACUCUGUACGAGGGACACACCAUCUCCUGGAUGAACGAUGUACCUGAUCAGCUGGCCGUGUUGGCUCUGUCCACUGAGGGUCACAACAUCCUGAUGCACUCUGUUGACGAGAAGUUGCCAGAGAACUGCGGACGUAUCGUCGUCGACACUGGAUUCACCAAGCUGAUGGACCAGUUCUACUCGGCCGGUGUCGAGCGUUACAUCAAGAAUGCCACCGUGUGGCUGCUCGGUCUGGACCACCGUUUCAAGCUCGGUCAGGAUGUGCAGGGCGAGAUCACCCAACCACGCGAGGUUCCAGUCUGGCAGUACCAGCACGGCAGCUGGUUGGACUACGACAUUGACGCUUCCAAGCUCGUCGAGCACGAGUACCAAGACUGGCUGAAGAACCCAUACGUCGAUGUCCGUUCAGUCAAGAGUGGUCACUGGUGCUACCAAGUGGACUUCAAGCAGAUGUUGCAGACCAACAUCCAGCACAACAGCCACACCCAACGUUCCGUACGCAGAGAGAUGAGAAAGGUUGUUGCCAAGUAG